UUGACCUCCUACAAUUUUUGAAGAAAUACUGAAAUACUUUUUGGUGUGUACAUACGUACGUACGUACGUGUACGUGUGCUCAUGAUGGAAGAGAAGUUGGAGAGUGUGGCGAGGUACAAGGAAGCGCUGGAAGCAGUGAACGAGCUCAAGGGUCUUCAGGAGAUUAGAUUAUCCCUAGAGUCGCUAGAAGGUGCUCAAGAAGGGAUGAGUGACCUGAUGGGAGAGGUGGACAGUGCUCGUGAGGACAGUCUUGUAUUGAAGAGAAUGAGUGAAGAAGCUCAACAUUGGAUGAACAAAUUGGACGAGGCAGAACAAACCUUCCAAGAGCUGAGUGUUCCGCUGGAUUAUAGUGAUCUUAAGAAAGUCAACUUCUUCUCUAGAGCGUUUGGAUUGGACUUCAAAAUUACUGAAGAUCGAGCUAUUUCAUUUAUGUUCUUACACCUAAAUGACAAGUGUCCCGAUCGCCGCUGCUCCAUCACAAUGGACAUAGAGGGAGAGAAGUGGACAGUAGUGUGUAUGGAUCCACCCCUCCAUGGUGUACAGUGUCUACUGGAUCAACUCAAUGAAGGAGGAGAACUAAAGAUAUUCUGCAAACAAGUCCGACAGAAAUUCAAAGACUUAAUUAGCCAAACUAACCUAACCCAAACUGACUAAAACUUUCAUAACUUUCAAUUAUCUUAAUUGUCAACCAACACACAACAUUUAUUCACACGUACAAGAAAAAGAAUACAUCAAUAA